AUGGUCUGUGUAGAUCAGCAUCAAUUCUGUAAUCCGAGUCUCUGGAAUGACUCCAAUGUCGACAGCUGCACUACUCUCACCGGAGCGAACUCCUUGGUCGGCGCCCUCGAUACGAUCGGAUAUAAUCCACGACAACUGGCUACCGCAAAUCGGAUUCAACAUAUUCUCCUUACCGACAGUGUAUACUUUUCGAUAGGAGGGCGGGCGAGCUCGGCACUGCAAGCAAAUAGCCAGGUUUACAAAUUGCUCCAGGCCCCUUUGCCAGACAAUCAAUGGGUUAUUGAAGUCAAGAGCUGGUUUACCGUCAGCCUAGCUAUUCUCCAACAUGCAAUUGUCGAGUUUGCUAGCGGCCCAACUAACCUCCCUCCGGAGGCUCGAAUCAUCACUCCAACCGCGAAUGGUUGGCCCAUUAUGUGCAAGCAGCAAAAGGUCCCCAAUCCCGGUACAUACCAGAACUUCAGUAUCCUGGCUCUGUCUCUGAUAUUUGGUAUUGGUGCCAUUAUCCUUCUCCUCAGCUGGACUCUCGAGCCAAGCAUCAACAAAUGGCGCGAGAAGCAUGACCCAGUCAACCAUAAACGACUCCAGUGGAUACUGGAUAACAAGCUACAGUUACAGCGUAUGGCCUACGAAUAUGCCAAUAUUGGCCAAUGGGAGAAGAAAGGCGAAGGUGUCCCAGUCACUGUGCUAAAUGGUCAAAGAAAGAUAUUCAAGUUCCCAGAUAAGAUUGACCCUUACCAGCCUGGACUGUUAAGUGACCAUGAUAUUCUCGACCAGCCUAGAAUGACGAACGGUCAUCCAUCACGGAAUGGGUUAUUAAACUCAUCACAGUCGUAA